CUUCGCGAGUUCUUGAAUAUCUGUAUUGUCACAUUCACAUUCACGAUGGCUGCUUCAUCUUCAUCAAAACUACUUUCACGACAGGGAUCCAAAUUAAUCCACCAGCGUCUCUUCCACACAACACGCAGACGAGAUGUAGUCAAACCAUUUCUGUUAGCGGAUAUUGGCGAGGGAACUCGAGAAUGUCAGAUCAUCCAAUGGUUUGUGCAGCCAGGUGCUCGCGUGGAGCAAUUCGAUAAACUCUGCGAAGUACAGUCGGACAAGACAGCAUCUGAUCCAUUGUUGGACAUCGAUAUACAAAGCGACAUCCCGCCUGAGAGCGAAGCACUUAUCGAAAACCCCAGCGGUGAGAAGGUCGAUGUUCCACAGAAGGAAGCAUCACAACCCCAGACCCCACAGCAUGAGGCUCAGAGUGUGGAGAAGGAAGAAGUACAAGGCCCUUUGAGCAGGACGAAGAAUCACGAUAAAGGUCUGGCGACACCUGCUGUACGACAUCUCAUCAAGGAACACAAUGUUAAGGUUGAAGAUAUUGAAGGAAGCGGUAAGGACGGUAGAGUGUUGAAGGAAGACGUCCAUCGCCACGUCUCACGGACCACUCAGAAGUCAACGCAACAGGAGUCGGCAAAGGAUCAGAAGAAGCCUCUAACAACAGUGCAAUCCGCCAUGUUCAAGACCAUGACUCGAUCGCUCACGAUACCACACUUCUUGUAUUCGAACACAGUGGACACUGGCAAUUUAAACAGGUUCCGUGUGAAGAUCAACAGCACGCGAGAGGCUGGAAACAAACUAACGCCGCUGCCUUUCAUACUCAAAGCGAUUUCACUUGCGAUGGCACAUCAUCCAUUACUCAACGCCUGGUUGGACACGUCAGAUCCCCAGAAACCCGAGUUGAGUUACAAGGCGGCACAUGACUUUGGAAUCGCAGUUGAUACUCCUUCCGGUCUGCUGGUUCCGGUCAUCAGAAAUGUCGAAUCACAGAGUGUAGGAUCCAUUGCAGAGCAAAUCAAGGUUAUAUCAGGCAAAGCACGCGAGGGCAAGUUGGGUUCGAAAGACCUCCAAGGACCGACAUUCUCAGUGUCGAACAUCGGGUCUAUCGGUGGUGGUGUUGUUGCACCGAUUAUCGUGGAACCUCAGGUGGCCAUUGUGGGGAUUGGAAGAGCUAAAGUGGUACCAGGAUUCGACGAGCAAGGGAACUUGGUCAAGAAGGAAGAAAUGGUGUUGAGCUGGAGUGCGGAUCAUCGAGUCGUGGAUGGAGCCGAGUGUGCCAGAUGCGCUGAAAGAGUGAACUGGUAUCUGCAGAACAUGGAGGCGUGGGUGCUAGAAAUGAAGUAG